UUUAACCUGUCAAAAAUCAGCCCAUCAUCAGUCGACAACAGUCAACCCACAGCACAACACAAUAUUCGCUCAUUAAUUAACUAAAAACGUACUUUGUCCUACUUUGUGUUCCUAUAACCACCUCUCAAGAACAAUAAAAAUGUCUGGCCAUCGUUACACGUCCUCCACAACGCCAUUCGACGAAGACGACGUCGAUGACGAGACAUUUCUCCGUAAUUCUUCAGCAUCUCGAAACAAACCACAAUCAACAUUCGACGAACAAGUACAAUCAUUCCAAGAACGCCGCAGGCAGAUCGAAGAUCGCACGAUACAAAGCUCGGAACGCUCUAUUGGCCUGUUACGAGACUCUGAACAAAUCGGCAUUGCCACUGCUGAAGAACUUUCCAGACAACGCGAACAACUUGAAAGAACUGAUAAACGACUGGAUGAAAUCAAUCACACGCUGCGUUUCUCACAAAAACACAUCAAUGGCAUCAAGAGUGUUUUCAGCAGUUUGAAGAACUACAUGUCCGGCAGGAAUGAUAAAACCCCAACUGGGACACCAAGCACACCUUCAACAACAAAAGUUACAAAUUCAUCUAGUAUAAACGAAACGUUAGAUAACUACGAUAGAUAUGAUAAUCACCCAGUUACGAGGUUAAAAAACCUCCCAGCUGAUUAUAAUACAAACGCAACGUCACCUUCAGGCAGUAAACAGAUCAGUCAGAGACUGGAGGCCAAUUUAAACGAGAUGAGUUCGUCGAUUGGUCGUCUGAAAGGUCUCGCUUCUGAUUUAUCAUCGGAAAUCGACACGCAGAAUGGUUUGAUUGAAGGUAUCAUGUACAAAACCGAAACGGCGGAUAUAACGAUUCAGAAACAGAACAAAGACAUGAAUCGCAUCCUAGGCAAAAAAUAAUAUACCUAGAUUAAUAUAAAAUGAUAGUAAAUCGCUUCCCACAUGUCCACAAAAUAUAAUAAUAUAAAUAUUGCACGUGUCGUGCCCAAAGUUCAUUGUUUCAUGCGUUUGGGCGCAAUGCAAACACAAAUCUCUAUGAUAUCAUGCUUAAAGUAUAUAAAUUAUAUGUUGUAUGUUGAAAGAA